AUGGCGAUUGAUCAAGAUGUUGGGGAUUUGUUGAUUAUGGGGGAUUCUGAUUUGAUUAUCAGGCAAGCCCAGGGUGAAUGGGAAACUCGAGAUGUCAGGCUUAUUCCUUACCGGCAGCACGUAGAGGAUCUCAGCAAGCGGUUCAGAUCAGUAGAGUUCAGGUAUAUUCCGCGAUGUCACAAUGAAUUAGCUGAUGCACUUGCCACUUUAGCUUCAAUGUUACCUUAUCCAGGAAACGCCCACCUCGAUCCCUUGGAAAUCCAAAUCAGGGAAAGACAUGGUUACUGCAACGCCAUCGAG